CCAGCUUGCCAGAACUGAGAAUUGAACAUUGCCCCUGUUUAAAAAGGGGAAAAAAAUCUAUGUGCUGUUUGAUUGCUUCUGCACUUAUCAUUCUUGGUCUCACGGAAACUCUACUUACUGUUGAGAGGGGAGCAUUUGCUUUUCAGGUUGUGUGUGGUACAUUACUGUGCUCAAACCUGCUUGAAAAUGGCAUCUGCCUUCCUAACACCAGUCUUCAUGGCAAUCAUUUGUGUCUUGAUUGGAAUAAUAGUGAAAGGCAGCAUGGAAAGGACGAAGAAAGUGCAAAGCAAAAUGAACAAGAAGACAGAGUCCCGCCCCUGGGUGGAUGAAGAUUUAAAAGACAGCACUGAACUUCACGUAGAGGAAGAAGAUGGUGGUGAAUGGCAAGGAAUAGACAACGAUAUUGCCCAUGUCCCAUUUUCAACUGAGCGCUACUCUGAAGAAGAUAUGGUGAAAAGAUCAAAGGAUUUUUAUGAGCUUCUCAACAAGAGGCGAUCUGUCCGGUUUAUAAGCAACAAUCCGGUUCCAAGGGAGGUCAUUGACAAUGUGAUUAGAACAGCAGGAACAUCUCCCAGUGGGGCACAUACUGAACCUUGGACCUUUGUAGUGGUGCAAGAUGUGGAAACAAAGCAUAAAAUCCGAGAUAUCAUUGAAGAGGAGGAAGAAAUAAACUACAAGAAAAGAAUGGGAGACAGAUGGGUUAAUGAUCUGAAAAGACUGAGGACUAACUGGGUGAAAGAAUACUUGGAUACAGCUCCCUACCUGAUCCUUAUUUUCAAGCAGGUGUAUGGAAUGCUUCCAGAUGGAAAAAAGAAAACUCACUACUACAAUGAAAUUAGUGUUUCUAUUGCCUGUGGCAUUCUACUCGCUGCACUACAGAAUGUGGGGCUGGUGACUGUUACUUCUACUCCCCUGAAUUGUGGUCCACGCCUCCGUGUGUUGCUUGGACGUCCAGCAAAUGAAAAGCUACUCUUGCUUUUGCCAGUUGGAUACCCCAGUGAGGAUGCUACUGUGCCAGACUUGACUCGAAAGCCACUGGAAGAUAUUAUGGUGGUUAUAUAAACACAGAUCAGUUGGGAAGACACCAUUCCAUGUAUUGCUGUUGAGCACGGUCUACAGGAUGCAUUAUCCUAGGCUCAUGGUUUAAUUUUAGAAAUAUUAGUUACACAUUGCCAAUGAUUUCCAACAAAAAUAUCUUAUUUUUGUGGGUAGGUCAGAUGGUUGUUCUGACAAGGCAACUCACAUUGGGAAAACAAAGUAAAGUACAAUAAAAACUAAAACACAAUAAAAUAAAA